AUACCACAGAUUCGAUACGCCCACCACUAUCCACCACUGUAUUUUCCCCACAUGACACAAAAUAACCCCAUGCUCGAGUCAUGGAGUACGAAGUCCACCUCUUUGUUGUAUUUUACUACUACAUAUCCCAGAAUGCCUCUGUUCUUGGCCGCUGUUCUGGAUGACAGCUAUCCGGCGCCGAAACACCGAUAGACACUUAGACGAAAGAGCCAUGGCGGCCACGGGUGGAGGGAAAAUUAGAAGCAGGAGAUAUCAUAUCGCCUCUAAACCUUACGCCAAGAACAAACAGCAGCAACAGUCAGGCCUCAUAAGUCGAGUGACAGACACAGUAAAGAGCAUCGUUCCCUCCUGGCUACAGAAAUACUUUAAAAAUGGAGAUGAAGGAGGAGGGGCUGUACAGGGGUCAGAUCAGAACUGUGAGCUGCCUCCACCUCCUAAUGGCAGCGAAGAGGGAACUCCUCCCAUUGACGGACGGGACUCCCCAGAACCAAGCACCAGUAACACAGAGCCCUCAACCAGCCGGGCAUCCCUGAACUUUCAGGAAUAUGUGCUUUCGCGACCCCCUUUAAGUCGCUCCCAUCUUCAUUUCCCCACUCUGGAUGCCUCCUCCCCCAUCCUGGGGGCUUCCAGCAGCCUCUUUUCCCAGCCCUCCACAUCCACAGCCCCUGGACCCUUUUCCACAGGCUUCUCCUUGGUCAAAGAAAUCAAGGACAACCUCUCACAGCAUGAAGAUGAUAACAUCUCCACCACUAGCGGCUUCUCCUCCCGCGCCUCAGACAAAGCAUCACUUCCUCAACUUUGGUCCCCAGAGACAGACAGAACAAACUCUGGGUCUCAUCCUGCCCAGUCCAGUCUGAAAAGGCCUGCCUUCAACCUGUCUGUAUUUGGAACUUCAUCCAAUACAUCAUUCAACAACACAGUGUUAAACUCCAGCCAGCUUGGAGAUUCACCCUUUUAUCCCGGGAAAACAACGUAUGGUGGGGCUGCUGCAGCCAGGAGCACUCGCGCGCGUCCUGGGACACCAUACCAGGCCCCGGUGAGGAGACAGAUCAAGGCAAAGCCUGCAGGUGCUCAGCCCUGUGGAGUGACCAGCGCCACAGCCAGACGCAUCUUGCAGUCUUUAGAACGCAUGUCGAGCCCACUGGCUGAUGCCAGGAGAAUCCCUUCAGCGGCAUCAUCCCCCCUCUCAUCUAUUAUGGAUGGUACAAAUCUAGAUGUGUCACAUUUCCACUCGAAAAAGAAACGGAUGGAUUCCACCCUACCACCAGUGCAGAAGCUGGUGGUUCCUGUUGCAGCACCGGUUUCAGGAAACCGCUCCGUGUCCUUCAGACCUACUUUGACUCCUGGAGGAGUGAGCAGAACUGUGGACAGAACCCCAAGGGAAACGCCAACAAGACAAUCACCACAACUACCUGAAGCAACCCCAGGUCCAUCUCAAAGCACAAAGGAUUUCGGUGGGCUUUCCUAUCCUCUGUCCAGCACGCCUGCUUCCACCAGUGUGAGCUCAGGAGGGGGCAAGAUGAAAAGAGAGAGGACGACUGCAAGGCCUUCCUCUAAACGCCCUGAAGAGGACGAGGUGGCUGAGAUUCCAGACCUUCCAACAAUUUCACUCCCAAUCAGCACCUCCGCUUUGCCCACCUUCAGCUUUACCUCCCCACUUCCACCUCCCACCACACCUACACCCACACCCAUACCCAUCAGCAACGCCAUUAACGUCACGCCUGUCACUCCUGCUAAGGAAACAAAUAAGGAGCCACAGACGGCCUCUACACCUCCAUGUGUACCUUUUACAUUUUCCUCCCCUAUCGUCAAAGCAACUGCUGUUAGUCCUCCAUCAUUUUCUCCCUCAGCUGGAUUCACUUUUAGUGCACCUGUAGCAAAGGUAGGACCUGCCAUGUCCAAUGGGAAGCUGUCCACAACGAUAGCAGCAGCAGCCAAGCCAGCGAUGAGCAAAAGCACAGAAGAUUUUGAAGGACCUUUCAAACCAGCCAAAACUCUGAAGCAGGGCAGCGUACUGGAUCUUCUCAAAGCACCUGGCUUUGCCUCUCCUGUUGCUCGGACUUCCCCAAACCCGGACGACGCUCCUCAGCAGAACUCCACACCGUCUAUUGCCCCCCUUUCCUCUUUUUCCUCCACCAACACGACCACCUCCUCCUCCUCCCUUCCUCCUUCAAUAGGGCUUGGGGAUUUGAUUAAAUCCUCACCAGGCUGGAGCUGUGAUGUCUGCUUGGUGCAGAACAAGCCCUCAGUCACAAAGUGUGCUUGCUGUAUGGCCCCACAGCCCUUUUCCUCUUCAUCCAAAUCUAUAGACUCUCAACCAUCAACAGCCAGUUUGGUGGGGCUAGAGAGUAGCAGCACGAAUGCGACCUCUACCACUACCACAACCACAGGCUUUGGCUCAAUGUUCUCCAAACCUGCAGGAACUUGGGACUGCGAUACGUGUCUCGUCAGUAACAAAUCUGAUGCAGUAAAGUGUGUGGCCUGUGAUUCGGCCAAACCUGGGACAGGGCUAAAACCCUCCUUGACUCUUCCUUCUGCCUUCUCUGCUGUUAAGACUGUAUCCAGCCCCUCAGCCCCUGUUACUACAGGCUUUCUCGGAUUUGGAGACAAGUUCAAAAAGCCUGAGGGUGCGUGGGAAUGUGACACUUGUUUAGUAGAAAACAAGGCAGAGAACACAAAGUGUUUGGCCUGCAACAGCGCCAAACCAGGAGCAUCCACAGGAUCUUCAGCGGAAGCCUCUUCUUUAGUCAGCACUGCUCCAGUGUUUGAGCUGGGAGAUGCAUUUAAGAAGCCAGAGGGCUCCUGGGAUUGUGAUGUCUGUCUUAUACAGAACAAGGCUGUUGAUGUAAAGUGUGUUGCUUGCCAAACAGCCAAACCUGGAGCAAAGGUGGAGCCCAAAGGUUUUGGCUCAUCAGCUGCUGCGGCUUCAGGCUCUUCUACUUUUGGCUCUUCUACUUCUGGAGGUUUCAAGUUUGGCACAUCAGACAGCGCCUCAGUGUCCAUAACUGGAGGUUUGAAGUUUGGCACAUCAGACAGCACCUCAGGGUCCGGAUCCGGCGGUUUCAAAUUUGGAGGCUCAUUUUCUGAGUCCUCUUCAUCAUCAGGUGGAUUCAAAUUUGGAAGCUCCACAUCAGAAACCACUUCUAAAGACACUGCUGCUGCAUCAGGGUUCAAAUUUGGCAGCUCAUCUGAGGGCUUUCAAUUCGGGACUGCCUCUGGUGAUGACAAAAAGUCAGACCCGGAACCUGCGGCAGGUUGGUCCAAGUUUGGAACCAGCGGUGGGAUCGUGUUCGGAACUGGAUCAUCUAACACAGAAAGUAACUCCUCCAAGGGUGGAUUCACUUUUGGACUGUCAAAACCAGAAGAGAAGACAUCAGACACCACCACCUCAUCCUCUGUUAGUUUCACUCCUCCUGUUUCCUCUCAAGAAAAGGGUGACAUUGUGGCCUCAUCAAACACCACAUCAACAGAUACCAAUUCAUCUACAACCGCUACUACAACUGGCUCCGUCUUUGGGGGAUUUGGUGACACCAGUUUGGCAACCACACCACAAGGGGGCUCCACAUUUGGCUCCUUACAGGUGGACAAACCUCCUGCUGCUCCCACGUUUACCUUCGGGAAGCCAGAGGAGAAGAAGGAAGCUGCUGCCUCGGCUCCCUCUGCCUUCGUCUUUGGUGCUGCGAGUAAAGAUGCAGAUGCUGCACCAGCAUCGGCCUCUACAGGAGGCUUCUCCUUCAGCAAGCCUAGUGCUCCAACACAGGAACCUCCAACUGCAUUUUCUUUUGGAAAGCCCGCAGACAAGAGUGAAACUGGUACUGCAGAAGCCCCGCAGCCCUCUUUUACCUUUGGACAAAGUGCUUCAGAUUCUUCUUCUGCUGCAGCAAAACCAGCAUUUUCCUUUAUGGUUAAUAAUCCCACCAACAGCACUGACUCCACCACUUUGUCCUCCUCCACCCCUACACCAAGUCUGUUCGGUACCUCCACCACCACCACCACAACCAGCAGCAGCAGCAGCUCCACUCAGGCUCCAGCUCCUUCAGCAGCUUUCCUGUUUGGUCAGCCUGCCGCAGCCUCCACUGACGGUCCUCCGGCUAAAGCACCCUUUGUUUUUGGCCAGGGUCAGGACAGCCAGUCGGCAGCACCGUCCUCUGCAUCUCUCAACUCUGCUCCAGCUCCUGCCUCGGCUUCGCCUUUCAUCUUUGGUGCUCCUGCUGCUGCUGGCUCUGCUCCUGCUCCUGCUGCUGCUGCUGCUGCUGCUGCUGCUGCUGCUGCUCCAGCUCCAUCCUUCAGUUUUGGAGCUGCAGCGCCCUCUGCUGACUCAUCCUCAGCUCCAUCAGCAGCCCCCUCACAAUUUGUAUUCAGCCCGACCCCCUCUGCUGCAUUCGGGGCUAACCAGACCCCUUCAUUUGGCUCAACCUUUGGAUCCCCUUUCCCAGGAACACCCUCACAGUCCCCUGCUUUCGGAGCCAAGCCCAACUCUACCCCUGUUUUUGGACAGCAGGCCAACUCUACGCCUGUAUUUGGGGCAAAUACAAAUUCUGCACCAGGUGGAGGCUUUCAGUUUGGAGGAGCCAGUGCAUUUGGAGCCACAAACAACACCUCAGGUGUGUUUACCUUUGGAGCAGGAUCAGCUGCCUCUCCUGCCCCCCCUGCCAACCCGUCAGCAGCACCCGGAGGAGGAUUCAACUUUGCACAACAGCCUGCGUUUAAUAUCGGGCCAGCCACAUCCUUCGUGGCCUCUCCUGCUGGACAGCAAGCAAUUGCUGGGCGCAAGAUCAAGACAGCGGUGCGGCGCAGGAAGUAGAGCCCCUCGAACUCGACUUUAAAGAAGACUUGACUUUGACUGACUUUCCCCACUGAAGGCUGAAUAAAGUCCAUGAAGGUCUGAACUGGACAACUGGACUCUGCAAAGGCUUUGCUUGAGUAGAAGGGCUGAGGCUUGGGGCCACUUUAUGCUUGGGCUGGACAAAGGGGCGAGUUUAGGCUGCAGGCCUGGCUGA